AUGAAAUUUUUUUAUAUUAAUAUAUUUCUGUUAUUUGUUUCCUUGAGACAUUUUAUAUCAUUAUAUAAGGAUUAUAAUAAAAAAUAUAAUUAUAAAAAUGAAAUAUAUAAUAGUUUUUUUAAUUUAAAUAUUACAAGAUCGUUAGCUGAAUAUGGUAAAGAAGAAUUUAUGAAACAUACGUUAACAAAUAGUAGUUUAAGAAAUGAAACAAUAUUAAAUGAUAAAUUACGAAAGAGAAAUGAUGGAAUUAAUAAUAGAUAUAAUGUAAAUCAAAUGGAUGAAAAUUUACAGGAUAGACAAGAAUGGAAUUAUGGAUCAAAUAGAAAAUUAAAUAAUGAAUUUGAAAAAUGUUUUAUUAAGAAUAAUUCCUUAAAAUCAACUUCUGGUAUCAUAAGAUUAAAGAACUGGUUAUAUAGGAAGAUGUUUAAGGAAUGUAAUUUUAGGAAAUAUUUAUCAAUGUUCGCAAAAGUAUUAGGAGCUGGUGCAGUUAUAAGUAUGUUUAAUAUGUUAUGUGCACUUAUAGUUGCAGGUACUUGUUUAUUUGCCCGAAUUUUUAUUGGUAUUUUUGUAGUUUUGUUCGUUGUCUUUUCAAUUAUUAUAAUAUUUAUAUUUGUUAUGUAA